CAGCUGAGAGAUAUCUGUUGCAGAGCCAUUUGAAGCUUGCAAAUAAAGAGUGGGGUAGGAAAAUAGAAAAGAACUAAAGAAAGGAUGCAAUGCGCAGAGUAAGAAAAGAGAGUUCAAAAUAUACUUACAGACUUAAAAGUAUUGUUAGACAAAGAAAACUCUAUAUAGUGAGAAUACAAAUAUAUUGACAUGAUGUGGAUAAUCCUCAAAGAGGGCAGAGAUGAAGGUGAUGAGCAUUUUUCUUUUGGUUGAAAAAACUCUUGAUGUGAACAAGAAGAGCGACAGAUACAAUUCUACUGCUGAGGUUCUUUCCAGUUACAUACUCUUGGCCAUCCUAUUUGUGAUCAGCCUCUUGCUCUCAUGUGGAAUACUAAUGAAACGUGGUCCCCUGGUUAUCCCAUUUCUGGCCCUGCAGUUCUUGGACCUUAUCAGCAGUUCACUGAUGUUCUGCAGCGUUUAUAUUGAACAACCUUCAUUCCAAGCCUCUGAAGGAGUAAAAAUGAAAGACAAAAUGUCAGAGCGCCUGCUUCAAGCUCCAGCACAAAUGGCCUUUGACAUAUGCCUCAACCUGCUGAUUCAGUGCAGUUCUUUCUCUGUAUUCCCAUCUUACUUAAAGCUUGAGUAUAUCAACCCCAUGAAUGAUUUUCCUAAGAAAAAUAUGUCUUCCAAGAAAUACGUCCUGGACCUGGUUCUCUUUAACAUCAUGUACAUUUCUGUUCUCAUUUUAAAGGCAAUUUUUAUUUCACACAUAUGGAGAGUCUUUGUAUCCCUUCAUCAUAAAAAAUCUUCCAAAGAUGAAGAUGCUCAAAAGCAGCAGGAAAUCUCAAAGGGAGUUUUGCCCUCUUAUGAGGAAGCAGUCAGAUCACAAGCCAUUAAAUUCCCCGUUCUUAAGUCUGCCACAGAGCCAAACAAGCAGUCCGUGUCAGAUACUGGCCCCACCCUUUGCUAGGAUGGAAGAAGACAGACAAUAAGCAGACCAACGUGCAAAGAGAAAAGAGCAAUGGAAUAUUCAUGUCUUCCCUAUAAAUUCAUUAAGGGAAUAUAUAUAUAUACGUACACUUAUCACACUUGUUAGGCCUACACACACCUAGGAAACAUGGAGGACACAAAGAUAAAUAUACUAAUUGUGAAGUUAGUAGUUUUGGCAUUGUAUUUAGACUGAGACUAAAAGUGGUUGAACUAUUUUUAUAUGCCAAAAUGCUUAUGUGAAUUAUGUGUAUGUGAGUUACACAUGGGCCAAAUUUGUUGCUGAACUCACACUUUCAAUUUACUCUUCAAUUUACUUCAGCUUUGUACAGAGCCCCAAAAACCCAACUUUAAACCAUUCUAAUCAAGAAUUCUCCUUAUAUAUUAAAAAAAAUAUAAAAUUUCAACUGAAUUGCAAAGAAUAACAUUGUAUGUACCUGGCAAGAAAAAACUACAAGGUUCAUAAAUUCAAGAUAAAUAAAUCAUAUGACUGAGAGACACUAGGCCUAGCUUUUGAAGCAGUUGAAAAGUAGUCAAUUGCAAGCCUUUUGGGUAUUCCCAUUGCUUUUUGCCCCAGAUCCCUAUUCAACAAAAUAAUUGGGAAAACUAUACGCUAGAUGCUAUAGAUGUACUAAAUCUAUAUGUUUUUGAUUGGCCUUAAUACUAGAUAUACUAGAUGGUGGUAAAUACAGUAGAGAAUAAUGUCACUGACAUGUGGGAAAGUUAAGAGCUAUGCCAUAUGUACUAUAAAAUAAGGGACCACAAGUCAAAUACUUGAAUAAAGAAUCAUGAGAUAUGGCACUUACAACAGUUUUGCUUAGUGAGACUCUAGUGCUGUCAUACCUUGCUAACUUCACUUCAAUUAAAAAUAAGGUCACAAAACCUUUGAACCCUCCCACAGGUCCUUGCCGAAGUUCAGAAGUACUUGCUUUUUUAUUCUGCAUUCCCAACCUACUUUUAUGUAGACCUGUUAUGGAUGAAAUGACUGCCUUGUGAAUUCACUGAUGAAUUUAGCAAAAGGCAAAUAACCAUUUUAUCAGCUAUAAUACAGUUUGGAUGAUUAGCCAUGGAAUGCUGCCUUUUGUAAUUCUUUCCCACUGAGUAGAGAGUGUAGAUCAAUCACCCAAAAGUAAAAUUCAGAAAGAGAAAUAUGAAUGCAAAAUUAACAAUUGAUAUCUACCCUGCUAUGUUUGCAGUGUAAAGUAUUCAAAUUCUGUGGAUUUAUUUUUAGUUUAUGAGAUUACCUUUUGUGCAAACUCUUUUGUUGUAACUUCUUCCUGUAUAAGAAACUCUGCCCAUCUUGUAUACAAAAUAGUGAAUAACCCUCUUAAUAGUGUUUAUUCCCAGUGCACAAAGAGUCAACGUGAAUAUUGCCAUAGAAAGAUAUCUAUAAAUUUUAUACAGAUACAAAAAAGGGCAAUCUGUUUUUUCAAAUUCAGUGAAAUAAAAUGUCACUUUCUAAUAC